CCGGUACUGCACUCGCUCAACCUUCCACAUGACAAACUCUCUCUUUCGACUUGUGCUGGUGGCUGUGCUCGUGGCAUGUGCCGUUACAGCGCGUGGUGCGCGUGGUGCGCAGCCGCAUCGGUUCCCCGGUAUCAUGCUCUGCGGACCGCGGGUCGACGCCAAGACGGCGACCAUGACGUUUCGGGCGAGUCGGACAGGCGCGUUUGUGGAGAUGGCUGCCGAUGGGCUUACGGUGGUUCAAGUCGGUGAUGCUGGGCAGCCGCAUGCUGCGAGCUCGAUCCCGUGCCUGGUCUUCAACGGCAACGGCGGCAAGUCGAGCAUGAUCGGUAUGCCUGGUGAGUCGGUCGGCGUCGUCAACGCCUCAUCCAUUGCCAUCGAAUACAUUUCUCUCUUUGAUCCGCUCCUUCCCGUCCCGACCUUCCUCGACGAGUACACCGAUCUCAUCUGGGCCUACUACGACCAUGCGCUCGUCAACGUCUUUGGCCGCGUCGGCAGCCAGUUCUCAGCCAUCCUCCACACCCAUCCCUACCCAGACCCGCCGCAGAUCAUCUGGAUUGAGCUCGACGCCCUCUACACCUACAACGUCCACGACGUCGAGUAGCCAAA